CUAAUCCGCCUAUUGCACCAGAGAAACGGCAAGCGUGACACAAAAGAGGCGGAGGCAAGGGGGAGGCGAUGCAAGGCCACCUUAACUAACAGAGGGCGGGCAGAGCCAUUUUAAAAAGUUGCAGAGAGACAGGGAGGUGGGCAAGUGUGUGUGUGUGAGCGCAUGCUCGCUGCAAUCUACAUCCGCGCCCUCUCCUCUCCUCUCCUCUCUCCGGGGCUGCGAGUUCAGUUUCAUGGAUAUUUUCUCCCCGAUGUGUAUAUAAUCUCAAUUUUUUUUUAAAUUAUUAUAAGCCAAGGAGUUGUGUUGGGGAGAAAAACCUUUUCUCUCUCUCUCUUGUUCCCCGAGAAGAUGAAAAAUGAAGGCAUUGGAAGGGAUGAGUGCGGAAGCGAUCGGGUGAGGUUGUGAAUCGAGGCGUUUGUUGCAAUUUGUGGACUUUGUAUCAAAGGGCCUUGUAUCAACGUUCCAUUGAAACUACACGUCCCAUUGAUCGCCGGCCGGCAUUGCAUCUCUGGCUACAUAUUGUGCGGCUUCACUUGACUCCUCUUAUCCCCACAACCCCCCCCCAUAUUCCCCUCCCUUCCCUUCCUCACCCUCCCUACCCCCUCCCGUCCCCCCCUCCCGUCCGCCGCACCGAAGAUGGGCAACGCGUUCGCCAAGAUCUUCGGCAGCAAGGAGAUGAGGAUACUGAUGCUGGGCUUGGACGCGGCGGGCAAGACCACCAUCCUGUACAAGCUGAAGCUGGGCCAGUCCGUCACCACCAUCCCCACGGUGGGCUUCAACGUGGAGACGGUCACCUACAAGAACGUGAAGUUCAACGUGUGGGACGUGGGCGGACAGGACAAGAUCAGGCCGCUGUGGAGGCACUACUACACGGGCACGCAGGGGUUAAUCUUCGUGGUGGACUGUGCCGACCGCGAUCGCAUCGACGAGGCGAAGCAGGAGCUGCAUCGGAUCAUCAAUGAUCGCGAGAUGAGGGAUGCUAUCAUCCUGAUUUUCGCUAACAAACAAGACCUGCCCGAUGCCAUGAAACCGCACGAAAUCCAGGAGAAACUGGGCCUGACCAGGAUCAGAGACAGGAAUUGGUAUGUGCAGCCCUCAUGCGCCACCUCAGGAGACGGCCUCCACGAAGGACUCACCUGGCUAAAUUCAAAUUACAAAUCUUAACCAGACGAGACGCCCAGCAUUGCAAUCUCUUUCCUUGGUCUGCUUUGGUUGAAUGAAAUCUUUUAAGAAGAAGGAGGAGGAGGAGAAGAAGAAGAAGAAGAAAAAAAAAAACUUAACUUGUACAAGACACACAAGUUUACUUUAAUGAAAACAUUUCUGUUUUGUUUUGGGGAGGGGUGAGACUGAGAGGACAUUCUCUAACCAAUUGUCGAAUUCAUUCCAGCUCGGGUCUGGUUGGUGUUCGAGGUGAUAUUAAGAGGGGGCGGAGGGAGGGAGGGAGGUAGGGGUUGUGAUAUAUGCACACAGGCUAUGCAAUGGUGGGGUGGGGGGAGGGGGGGAGAUAGCCCUUACAGCGUUACCGCUCGGCUUCCAAACUUCUAACCCCCCCCUCCCAACUAUAUUUCAUUAAACGCCCUCCACACUAUGUUAUGCAACGAGGAAUCAGUCGGAGAGGCCCCCAUUUCUCCAUCCCCCCCCCACUAACCCUGACCUUAAUCAGAUCAUCAAUCUCAUAGAUCCAUCAUGCCUUUUUCAAUUGGAAAGAUUCUGUACUGUAACACGGCAGCUUUGGUGCUGUGGGUUCAAGGCCUGUGAGGGGUGUGUGUGUGUGUGAUGGGGCAGCUUGGUUACUUUAAUGACAGAUUUGUAAAAAUGAGUUAUUUCUACCGAGGGGUGAUGUUAUCAAGAUCUCUCUUUCGUAAAUUGCCUUGUUUUUGAUGAA